UCCACACCCAAAACAGGACACAAACUUACCCAGGUGCGUUCUGCAUAAAUCAUGACCUUCAAACAAGCAAAUUCAGUGUCGUUUUUUGAAUUUUUUUUUAUCUUGUAUCCAACCGAACUCGCUGAACCGACUCCAAAACCGUUUUCUGAAGCGAGUCGAGAUAUAAUAAGGAGAGCGCACGCAGUUCAUCCCAUCACAGCUGUGCAACUGGAGUGGUCUCUGUGGACUCGUGAGACGUUGAGGAAGAGAUAAUCCUACUCUGCAGGGAACUUAAUAUUGGCAUUGUACAAUAUAGUCCUCUGGGUCGUGGCUUUUUUGGAGGAAAAGGAAUUCUGGAAAACGUGUCUGCUGUUAGCAACCUGGGGUUGUGCAAUUGCAAUGGAGCUCUCAGAAGAAUGGAAAUCAUUCUUCCCAGUGGGAUCCUCUACAGCAGCUCCUCUUCUUCUCUCCAGUUCCUCUUCCCUCCCUUUGGGUCCUCUUCACUUCAACCCUAACCCUAAUUCGCUCUCCCUUAUCUUCUCUUCCACCUCUCUGCAACCCUCUCUUCACUACACUCCAUACCUCUUACCUUCACGAUUCCUUCUCUCUUCCCACCCUUCUUCCAUUCUCCCAUCCACCGCUUCCUCCAUCGCCUCCCUCUUCUCCUCCACCCAACAAAACGACGCCGCUUCCCCCUUCCUCCGCAACCGCCUCCACCUCCUCACCUACUCCCAUCGCCCUUAUGCCCUCAUUUUAUUUCCCGCCGGCGACAACGACCACAAGCUCGCAUUUUUCACGCUUUGCUUCGAGGACUCUCGCUUCCAUACUCAGCUCGACACUAACGGCGACGUUUUUUAUGCGUCUACCGGCUCCUCACACCGUAUCUUGAACAUUUCUGUUAACCCUGUUACUGAAUAUGACGAGGUUGAUGGAGUUAUCGGGUAUUUUCUGGCUACUACUCUGUAUUCCGUUCAUUGGUUCGCUGCGAGACACAAUCAAAUUUUGGAUAGACCUAGUGUGCUCUGUUUGGGUGAUAAGAUGUUUAAGACUUGCCCUGUGGCGCAUGCUUGUUGGAGUCCUCAUAUAUUAGAGGAGAGCUUGGUUUUGUUGGAGAGUGGCCAUUUGUUUUUGUUUGAUUUGGAGUGUUUUGGCUCCGGUGCUGGUUUCAAGGGGACUAGGUUGAAGGUGCCCUGGAAUGAUUCUUCAGAGAGUAAGGCGUGGCUGAGUUGUGAGUUUAGUUGGCACCCCAGGAUUUUGGUUGUUGCCCGUUCGGAUGCUGUUUUCUUGGUUGAUUUGAGGCUGAAAGAGUGUAGUGUGAGUUGUUUGAUGAAGAUUGAGAUGCUGCGAAUGUAUGCUCCGGAUGAGAAUGAGCGGUUUCUUGCGUUGUCGAGGGCUGCUCCGGACAAUUUUUACUUUGUUGUGGCUUCAACUAGUGUUUUGCUUCUAUGUGAUGUGAGGAAGCCUUUGGUGCCGGUUUUGCAAUGGGUGCAUGGGAUUGAAGGGCCUAGCUUCAUGUCUGUAUUAAGGUUGUCUGAUUUGAGGUCCCACUCGAAGGAGGAUGAUUUUCAGGUGGCUUCUGAAUCUGGGUUUUGUAUUAUGUUGGGAUCCAUUUGGAAUUGUGAGUUCAAUAUCUUCUGCUAUGGGUCUAUAUUACCAUUUCGCAAAGGNUCUGUUACUUCAAAGAUUANNCCAGCCAUUUGUGCUUGGGAGCUUCCACUUGAGAUUAAUUUGUCUGGUCAUGAGUGUCACUGUGGAAGUUGUCUCUUAAGGAAAGAGUUCACGAAGGAUGCGCUUCCUGAGUGGACUGAUUGGCAGCAAAAGAAAGAGAUAGUUUUGGGAUUUGGCAUUUUAAGCAAUAAACUUGCUGCAUUACUCACUGAACCUGAUGAAAAUGGGGGUUUUACACUGAUAAGGCUUACUUCAUCGGGAAAGUUUGAAUUGCAGAGAUACCAUGCCUCUUGGGCUCCGGUCAGAAACUUAGAAGAUUGCCCAGAUCAAGUAUUGUGUUUGAAUAGACACUUACUGUAUCCCAUGAGUGAUGAGGAUUACAAAUUUCCAAAAAAUUAUAACUACUUAAAAUUGGAUUACCUUUACUCAUAUGCAUAUGGUGGACUCACUCGAUUCCUGGUUAGAAAACUAAAAAGAAACUUUCAGGAUGCUCAUGACAAAGAACCUUUUAGUGCUGAAGUGCAUGAGUUAUUGUGUGAGAAAUUAAAUGCUUGUGGAUUUGGUCAACUAAGAUCCUGUCCUGAAGUUACUUCUGUUUUUAAUGAUGUCAAGCUACCAACAAGCUUACAUGAGGUUGCUUGGAGAAGAAUGUGGAUUGACUUACCUAUGGAACUGUUGCAGUUGGCGUUUUUGAGUCGUGCUGAAUGCCAUAAAGUUAUUGGAAACCUGGAUCACAAUAGGGUGGCAUUGGAAUCUUUAGCUGUUCCCGAACUUCCUCAAUUGCCUCCAUUCUUUUUAAGGAAAUCAUCACCGCACGGCAAUAAUGACAUUGUGGGUCCAGUUAUUCCUUUUCCUGUUCUUCUUGUGCUUAAUAAAUAUCGCAAUGGGUGCUCAAACUUGGAAGGUGAAUUUUCAAUAGAAACAGAGCUUAGCCUCAAAUACAAAGAAGUUAUGCAGGUGGCUGGCGAGAUUGCUGUCUCAGCUUAUGGGCCUACACACCUUGAUGAUCAUGCAGUCUCCCUUGCUGAGGAUAGAGACGAAACAUGGGCUGGAUAUUCGAAACCAAAGUCUUUUUUGUUAUACCGUCCAGUUUCAUUCAACUCGUUUGCAGCCGACCAUGUACGUGAAAAGUCUGUUUAUAGUGACGCAAAUUAUGAUACAUUCAUCUCUCAUAUCCCAGAGAAGAAGUCCACUGAGCAGACUGAAUUUGUUGGCCAAGAGAUAUUUGAUGAUCUUUCCCCUGUUGAAUUGAGAUUUGAUGCUCCUGCGAAGAAGCUCGAUCCUCUAGGUUUAAAGGCAUAUGAUCUAUUGAAGAGACAGAUGUCUAAAUGGCAACAAAGUUUUGAUUCGUAUAAGGAAUUUUGUAUUCAAUCUAGAUUUGAAAAAAAAUAGUUUACCAGUGAUCCCUCCUUUGUUCAUUCUCUUCCCCUUAAAACGUGGAUAUCUUAGUAGCAAUGGAUCCCCUACUCCUCCUAUAUGUUGCUUUUGGUUGAUUCUUGGAGACAGAUGGUUAGUGUAAUUUUAUGUAAGUAAUUGACAAUUAAAGAUGGUAGAAUUGAAGAAGCUGCUCCUGGUGAAAAGAGGCUCUUAUCAAUUUGAAGAGGAAGUAGGCAGCUAGUUCUCAAAAACUCUAAUCUAUUUGGCCGAUUUUGUACUGCUUCCUCCCAUCAUUCUUAUUCUGUAUAGGGGAAGAUGAUCUUCUUUUGUGGCUGGUAAGUGAACCUAAAAGGAGUUUAUCCUCUGCUUCCCCUCAAGAUGAUUCAGGAAUUGACAGAAGUACAGUCUAUCAAUUAUUUAUUGCUCAUACAAGAAUGAUAUUCUGUGGAAGCAACAUCGGUAUAGAUUUUAAAUCCUGUCUGUGUGAAUCUGAUAUCCACUCUGUGAUACAAGGCUCAUUAAAACAAGAAAGCAACGAGGUACCCAUCUUUCAAGAUAACAUCAAAUUCUUUUCUAAAAGGUGUCAUAAGGGAGAAAGAAAUAAGCAAUAUCCAGUGCUUUAUGCAUCUAAACACCUUUUCUCGACGUGGAUACAGUGAUCUUCCCUAAUGUCUAUCUAGUCUUUCCAUGAGUUCUUGCUGAUUAUGAGAGUUGAAAUCUUGUUUUGUCCAACCCAAAAACAAUUUUCACAGGCAUGAUAAACCAGUGCACUGCCAGACUCCUGAGGGUGAAAAUCAGUUUAGAAAAUGGGACACCUUGUUGAAAGAGAGGUUGCACAUUACUGCAGUCUGCACUGACAGUAGCACUUUCCAUUAUCCGAAACUAAUCCUACUGUUUGAUGCUUAUUCAGAAGAAGUGACAAACACCAGCGC